AUGUCUCUGUUUGCGGAGAGCAGCUUGUCCGGCGCCACGACCGACACCUCGUCGACCCUCGCGUCUUCGAGCUCGACGCCCCCGACCACCCUCUCCGACACGGACAGCCAGCACUCGGACGCCCCUAAACACGACGUAAUCACCGUCGCCGACGAUGCUAUCCACGCCGCCCCCGUCCAGGCCCAGGAGCCUUCGCCCUCCCAGUCGCCUCCCGCUCCGAGUCGACCACGACGCACACGUGUCUCGGAGCCUGUCUACAAUCUGUCCAGGCUGAGCGGCACCGCUGAUCACGGAAAAAGACGCGCCAACGGCGAUGCUGUGGCCGACAAGCGCCGCCGGACCAUCUCCGGAGACACCUUGGUGGGCAGCAUCGAGGUUGCUGCUGACGGGCCCCCCAAGGCCCAGGAUAAAGUCCUCAGGGCAGGCAUUGACGCGUUGAAUCUUCAGUGGUCGCCCCAGAGCUUGCAUACACCACGCACACGCCGCCAGGCUCAAGUUUCGCCGCGUCCCUUGCGGACCUCGUCGCGUCGGAAUGCCGUGUCCUCCAUCGCUACCACUCUGUCCAGCAUGGGCAAGAAGGGGCGCAAGGCCGUCAACAUGGGUGUUGCCAAGAUGUCGCGUGAGCUGCGGCGGCUGCAAGACACCAAUGAGUAUUCCGGCAUCGACGACCGUCCUGUCAUCCAUACCGUCUGGGCGAAUGGCAAAUUUAUUGAUCCCAAUGCACCGCCGCCCGAGCCAGCUCGCAAGAAGCCCAAGGUCCAAGAACCUGCCGAGGAGGACGAGUCCGACCAAGAAGAGCAGGAGCCCAUCACCAACACUAGGAAGAAUCGCGUCAAGAAGUAUCUCGACAAGGGUCUCUACGCCGGCCAGGAAAUACCCGUGGAUGUGUUCAAGGGGCUCACCACGAGUGAAAAGAAGAAGCUUGCCAACCUGCCGGAAUUGGCCCUCACGGGCCGCGUGAACAAUGCUAUGCCUUCUCCCAUCUACACUGGUUUGCGCAUGUUGGUUUCUGGGCGCGAUUUCAAGCUUCCCUUCAACAUCUGCAAUCCCCUCCCGCCCGGCCAACCCAAACCAGAUGAAUGGAAAAAGAUGACCAAGAACCGAUUUAUUGGUGAUUCAAAGGACUAUUGGCGCAAGAUGCCUCACAUGCACGACUUGUCCAAGUGUGUUUGCAAGCCUGAAGAUGGCUGUGGUGAUAACUGUCAAAAUAGAAUUAUGCUCUACGAGUGUGAUGCUGGCAAUUGCAAUAUCGGAAAGGAGCUUUGCACCAAUCGCUCAUUCAGCGAUUUGGCCGCUCGACGCUCCAAGGGAGGCAAAUAUAGAGUUGGCGUAGAAGUGAUAAAGACGUCGGACCGUGGCUACGGCGUUAGAAGCAACCGCUGCUUCAAAGCAAACCAGAUCAUUAUGGAAUACACGGGAGAGAUUAUUACAGAGGAGGAAUGUGAGCGCCGCAUGAAUGAAGAAUACAAGAAUAAUGAGGUGAGAGCAAAACAACAACAACAACAACACAUUGCUCGAAUGAGCUGUCGCUCUGACUAUGCCGCUAACUCUUCCUCUUCCUCUUCUCUUCUACAGUGCUACUAUUUGAUGAGCUUCGACCAGAACAUGAUCAUUGAUGCCACUACUGGCAGCAUCGCUCGAUUUGUUAACCACAGUUGCAACCCCAAUUGCCGCAUGAUCAAGUGGAUUGUCUCGGGACAGCCUCGCAUGGCUCUUUUUGCUGGGGACCGGCCCAUCAUGACGGGGGAUGAGCUCACCUACGACUACAACUUUGACCCCUUCUCCGCCAAGAAUGUGCAGAAAUGCCUCUGCGGUGAACACAACUGCCGCGGAGUCCUGGGUCCGAAACCACGCGACGUCAAGUCUUCCAAGACGGACAUCAAGAAGACGGUCAAGGCAACUGUCAAGGCUGGGAAGCGCAAGCUGAAGGAGCUCAUUGGAGAAGAGGAAGCCGUAAACGGGAAAGCAAAGAAGCGCAAGUUUGCGGCCGCCACGGGUGUCCAGCGAUCCAUUUCGAAUGCCAGUCUCAAGGCCGCCAAGGGUGCUGCGACGGCCUUGAAGAAGGGCGUGUCGUCCAUCACGGUCAAGGGAAAGAAGUCGAUGGCGAGCAAGUCUCCUGUCCAGAGACGCGUUAGUACGGGAGGCGCCAUUAUCAAGAAGAAGACUACCACGAAGCUGGUUAAGAAGAAUGGCCCUGGCGGCCGAGUUGCCCAUGUUUCGUCGCGAGCUUCAAGCAUGACUAUAGUGGCUGUUGCUGAUGAGAACGCCAAGCCUGGUAAGAAGGGCAAGGUGGUGUCUCCUGCCGGGGCUAAGCGGACGCUUUCGGAGUCCAACAUGGUCUCGCGCGUGUCGUUGAGCUCGACUGGCCGUGUUCUUAAGCCUUCGCCCAAGGCCAAGAUUCGACUGGUCCCUCAGGAGUAG